UUUGAGUUUCUUCUCAUAAUGCCUUCACCACUUAUGCUGUCUCCUUCUUGUUGAUUCCUGCUUAUAUCCUUUCUGUACAACAUCAAUCCAUUUUCCUCUCCAUUUUUUCCCCUACUCCAAAAGUGCGGUCAAGUUAAUCAUCACAUAGGCUCCCCGUCGAAAGCGUGUCCGGUCACUGGGCACAUUUGAUGUGUCAGUGCCUUCAGAGUCUUCAGUGCCUCUGGUACCUCCAGCUCCUGCCGUGAAUACGGAGUUUUCACAAUUCUCUCUUAAUGAUUCGCAAUUCUUGGUAGGACAAGCGACGGCAGCUCUCGACUAUCCCUAUGGUUACUCUGAGUAUUCAACUGGAUACACAUUAGGCUAUACGUCUGGUUAUUCGCCUGAUUUACCCCCUGCUUGUCCCUCCAACUCUCCAACGCACUCACAUAAACGCAGACGACUAGAAGGUUUUCACUCAAUGCCUUCUGUAGACGAGCCAUCGUCAUCUGCCGUUGACUAUCAUGAAAAAACACCUGUAGCAAAUUCUCAUGAUGAACAGCAGGGUCAUGAUUCAACGUCAAUUAUACCGCGGUGGGCACCCACCAUGCCUGAUGUUCAAUCUCUGAGCUCCCCAUUGGCAUGCAUUGCAGAGAACAUGUUUGCCUGCUGUAACUUUGCAUGGCAGCAUCCUACAGGAUACCAAUUUCUCCCCAAUUCGGCGGCCGUGGUAUAUGACCCUCCGCAGCAGUAUACGAUGGAAGUGGCACCACCUGUGCCAGCCCAGGCGAUUCACCCCGUUCAGCACCUUGUCUCAGGCACUGAUGUGUUACCUCAACAUACACCGGCGCAAGAUCAGCACUUGAACUUGGAUGCCCUGCCACUCGACAGCUACCCCGUCCUUGGAGAACGGUCAUUGCAGCCGCUGAUCCAGCCUGUGUUGCAACCUAUCCUGCAGGAGCCAACGUGCAUUGCAAAUACGGGCGACGACCCUUAUCUGGUAGACCAGACUGGCCAUGAGUACUCUAACCGGCUGGCUUCUUCGGACCUAUACAAUUAUCCAAUAGUCACGGCACCGAUGCCAAUGCCCUUGCCGCUCAUUGACGAGAAUCCCAUGGAUGCAAACACUUCACUUCUGUCUUAUGGUCCAGCCCUCCUUCUACCGCUAGUCCAACCUCCUUUGGUGGUCAUUGAGCCCACAUCCCCUGAGAUACCCAAUUGUUACAACACUCCUACAGUGCAGAAUUUACCUCAGCCGGUCCAACCUGAAGAUGGGGGCAAUACAGUUGACCAGAGGCAAGAUACAAAUCCCGACACCCUGCAACCCACCCAACGUAGUGGUAAACGUGGCCCUUUCAGAGACCAAAGUCUUCGAGAGCAAACGGCCCAGACAAGAAAGAUGGGCUCGUGCAUAAGGUGCAGAAUGCAACGCAUACGCUGCGAAUUCAACUCGGAUGUUCCAGGCGGUGUCUGUCUAACGUGUAAAAAGGUAGAGAAUACAAAGGCGGCAAGGCUACCAUGCCUCCGGUACAAGAUCACCGACAUGAUGCUCUAUAAGCCAGGCGCAGUCCCAGGUUACGAGUGGACCCAAAGAUGGAACAAGAACAACUCGGAACCCAUCCAGCUUUGGGCUGAACGUGAAGUCAAAGUCAUUCAUAUAUCUGUUCACUUCUCAAACUCGUUCCUCCCACUGCCGGUGCGCAAAUUCGUUCCACAGGAGGGAGACAAACUAGAGCGGACAUGGGAUUACCAAGGCACCAAGAAGUCGGUCACCAUCCCGCCAUACGCACUGGUCGACCUGGAAGCGGGCAAAUCGGCAUACACCAGAUAUAUCCGAGACUCUAUGACCGACAUCUUUCGGAACUUCCUUGGUGACACCGAUAGUCUCUUGUACAAGACGUACCUCCAAGCUUGGCACAUGUGGAAAGACCCAAACAUCUCUACAGAAUCCUUUGAGUUACUCAAUUGGACGCUUCGGCUGUGGAUAGCCGUCCGCUUGUCAACUACGUCGUGUUUUAUCGCCGGAAAUGAGAAGCUAGGCAUGUCGACCGAUAUUCUUGACCAAACCAAUCCAAACCCCGGAAAGAUUCCGCUCCCCCCCGUCCUGGGCGCACAAAUGGAUAUGAUAUUGAUCCAACACAUCCAGAGCAAGCUUAGACAUGAGCUGUUGGACAACCUCCAAAAAGUAAUGCUCAAGAAUAAGCCAUCUAGCUGGCUGGUGACUUACUUGGUGACUUUCAUUCUGCUUCACAAUGUCGCACUUAUUACAAAGCACGACGCUGCAUAUGCUCGCAAGCAUGGCAUGAAGCGCCGUUAUGCUCGCGAAGAAAAAGUCCAAGAGUAUCAUCUGGGAGCAAAUAUUAUCCUGGCCCACUUUCACUACUGUAACAAGGGUAUUGUGCCCUUCUCGGAAGAGUGCGAGGAUCAAGAUCUUCGGACGUUAGCGCAUCUAGAUGAGGAAAAGAUCAAGUUUGUUCGUGCGACCAGGGCACACAUUCAACGGCACAAGCAGGACUGGGAGAGUAUGCGCGCCAGAAAGGCGUACGAGGAGGACUACUUCUUCGUCAGUCAGUUAUUUGAGGAGAAAUGGCAGCCGAGGACCACCGUCUUGUAACAUUUGUUUUUGUUUUUUCCCCUCUCCUUGCUUUCUUUUCUUGCCAUAAAGGCACCUAGUAAUACCUUGAGGAGGUUGAAGCGGUGAGGUGUCGGUACUACGCGUUUAGUUUGGAUGAAGGGGUAGACUGCAGGAUGCAGUGCCCCGAGGUGGAGAUUGGCUCUGGCAAGUGUCAAUCGAGAUACCUUGUUCCGAGAUGAAGUAGUACAGGUAUGGUAGCUACCAUCCAGGGGCAUGCAAACUACCCAAGAUGGUAAGUGGUACGCUAGAUGUUUCGCAGGUCUACACGGUCAUGGGUGGCUAGGAGGAGGAUACAUUAUCCCCGGUAUGAUAUGUUACGUACACGAUGGACGCUGAGUAUACGAAGUACGAGUAAUGGAUAAAAGAAGCACGCUCCUAGGCAUCAAGUUUGUUGUCUCUUUUCUCCAGCGAUCACCAAUUGACCAUUGCCCGAUUCGUACAGAUUAGCGCGCUGGAGCCA